AUUUUUUAAAUCUUUAUGAGUAAUAAUUUGUUCAACGUUCUAAACUUCUCUGAUACAGAAGAGGCUCCUGAAUAACCACAAAAAAAGAAUAAAAAAAACAAUAAUAAGGAAUAGAUUAUCCCUGUUGAAUAAGUAGUAAAAGAAAAUACACAACACAACAAUCCUGCUCCAAAAGUUAAAGGUGUCACUGCUGAUCCACAUCCUAAAGAUAGAUAAUCUGGUACUGGAAGAGGCAAAGAGUAACGUAAAGAAGGUGGUGGCAGAAAUAAUUGGGGCAAUUACAAAGAUGACCUAAAGGAGGAUAAAUACGUAGCAAAAGAAAAAAAACCAGUUGAUACUCCUUAAGAAGUCUAAAAUGAAUAGACAACUUAACCUGUUUAAUCAUCACCCCCAGAAAAAACUUUGGCUGAUUAUUACUAAUAAAGAGGCGCUGUAUCAAUAUUUAUAUUAUUUUUUAGAAUGUUGAUGAAGUCUUAAAAUAAGGGGAAGUCAAAUAAUAAGCUCCUAAAAAAAUUGAUGAAGAAGCUUUAAAAAAAGAAAAAUUAGUAGUUGUUAAAACAAGAGAAGAUGAAAAAAGAGAAUAAGAAUAAAAGUAAAAAAAAACAAGAUAAUAAUAAUAAUAAUACAGAUCUGAAUUGAAUACUUAAGCUGCUGAGUAUUUAGGAUUCACUAAUUAAACAUAAGAAAGGAAUGAAAGAAGAGGUGAAAGAAGAUAAUAAGAAUAGACAUAAUAACCAUAAUAAUAAGAAUAAUAAUAAUAACAAUAAUAAUAAGAAGGUGAAGAGUAAGGAGGAAGAGGAGAAAGAAGAGGCGAAAGAAGAGGUGAAAGAAGAGGAGAAAGAUAAGAAGAAUAAUAAUAAGAUUAAGAGCAUUAAAAAGGUGAAAGAUAAGAAAGAGGAGAAAGAUAAUAUAGAGGAGAUAGAUAAUACAAAGGUGAUAGAUAAUACAAAGGUGAUAGAUAAGACAGAGGAGAUAGAUAAUUCAAAGGAGAUAGAUAAAAUAGAGACAAUAAUACUAGAGAUUAAGAAAGAGGAGAAAAGACUAGAAGAGGAGGUGAUAGAUAAGAAAAGAAACCAUAAUAAAGAUAAUAAGUAAAUAUAAUUUAUUUAUAGAAUAGGAAUAAGGAAUUCAAUUGGAUGAGAAGGAUUUCCCAGCUCUAUGAAGGUGAUGAGUAUAAUACACAUAUAGUAC